AUGAAAAACUUGUGGAAAAGGUUUAGUUUGAGUGGAGGAGGAGGAGCACACAUUUCAUCAUCAUCAUCUUCCUCCUCUCUUAUGAACGGCACGACCUCGUCGUCAAAUUUUCAUGGAAGCGGAGAGGAGAAGAUUGAUGAUAAAUAUGGGAAUGGAAGUAGCCAACAAUUAAAACAUGAACGUUCAUCGGAAGGAAGUCGUACUAUUUCCUCUCAUAACAACAAUUCGGAUUCGGUAAUGCAACUCCAACAGUCCAUCCCAAAACAGAGUGUAAACGGAGUUGAGGCAACACGAAAAACUACAUCAUCAUUGAGAUCAUCACCAUCCACAACAACCAACACAAACCUGCUCAAUCAGGAAAUUCAAAAUAUCAUUUUCAAUACAAAUCAAUCAUUAACCAAUUCUAUCGUGCCCAAUGUACAGCCAGAAUAUUAUUUAAAGUUUAUUGUUAUUGGUGGUCCGAAUGUCGGAAAGUCUGCCAUCAUUAACAAGUACAUGAAAAACAAUGAACAUCCCUCCCUGAUGAUCUCUCCGACAAGCAAUGGACUCUACAUUCCCACCAUUGGUGUGGAUUUGUAUUCAAAACCAAUUCGCAAAUACCGAAAUGCUCCUCUUGAGAAGCAAACUGCCAUUCAGUUUCCAGUAAGAUUGAACAUUUUAGAUAUUCCACACAGUGAGCAUUCUAAGAAAACAGUUUCUCGAUAUUUUGAAAAUUGUCAUGGAAUUUUAAUAGUCUUUGACAUUACGAGUGCGAAAUCAGUUUCUGCAAUUGAUCAAUGGCGAGGGAAAAUUCCAGUUCAUUUAAUACCUAACACGAUAUUAAUUGCUCACAAGGCAGAAAUGAAACCCCACAUUAUCAACUCUAAUUCAUUGGAUAAUUAUGUGAGAGAUGCAGGACUGUUGGCAUGGUUUUCUACAAGUGUCAGAAAUCAACAAUCCAUUACUAGGCCAUUUCAAUAUCUUAUUGACAGAACAUUAUCGAAAAUGGUUCGAAAAUAUAAUGGCCUACCCACACUCAAUCAUUUUAUGAAUAAUGGGGCAACAUCAAAUAAGAAAUUGCAAAUCCCCAUCUCCAAUUCUACGAGUGUGAACAAUAAUAACAAUAAUUCCAUAGCAAUUACUGGUCAAGCAAUCCAUCACUCAAAUACACCAGAGCUUUCUCCAUAUUCAACCUCGGCUGAGUCCUCAAACUCUGCUGACAGCAGGGAUUUUUUGGAAAAUCAAAAGAAUUUUUUGGGAGAGCGCUCCUCAUGUUUGUAUGAUAUUCUUGAAGAGAAGAAUCCAAAUCUCACAUUGGAAGCCAUAGAAAAUUUUAAAACUGAAAUUUCCUCUUUCUACUAUCAAUUAUCGAAUAGAUUUUUGGAAUUUAAAAAAGCAUGUCAGUCACAACAUAAUGAGAAUGAUUCUCAUUUACUGGACAUGCUUAGUAAUGAGUGUGAUGCUGAGAAAAUUAUUCUGUUGAACAAGCUUCAGCUUGUAGAGAAGGAAGUUGCAAAAAUUGCUACCACAGAGAAUGCCUCGCUGCUGUCCUCCUUACCAACAAAACAUGUUACCAAAUUGUAUAUUGAAUUGAAGAGAGAAUUUUACAUUGUAAAAUUAGACAAGUGGAUUAGUUUUUGGAAUUCUCUAAAAACUCGAUUUUGCCUUAAUUAUAUAUUUUUUGCAUCUAACUCUUCAGUUUCCAAUUCAAAUUCAACAAAUCAUGACACGAAUUUUGUGAAUAGUGGUACAAGCGGUUCUGACCUUUCGUUACCUCUUUCUCAACAACCUACAAAUCAAGCUAUUUUGAAGAAAUUAGAAUCUCGUAAACACAAGAUUGAAAAACUGAAACAUCAAUAUAGAAAUUUGAUAAAACCAAAUUCUUCUCUAGCCAUCACCAUGCAACAACCAGAAAUGGAGCUUCUUGUGGAAAAUGACAAUACUUUUUCAGUGAUUAAUCAAAACUUUAGUAUUGACAUGAUUUCAGACCUGUAUCCAGCAUUGUCAAACACAACCAACAUUUCAAAAGAAAGUCCUAAUGAGAAUGACAUUUCUCAGCAAUAG